AUGCUUGCCGCAGUGUCUGAAAACGAGCAUGAGUCGGAUAUUAUCUCGCUAAGAGUAAAACUAGUAGAUAUGGAAGCCGUUGUACAUAAUCAAGACGAAAUUAUUUCCCGACUUAGCGAAGAAAAUCUAUCCUUUAGGUCAAGGUUAUUGAACCUUGAAAAAUUAGUGCAUUUCAUGUCCCAAGAGUACCGGAACAAAUGCAGUGGAGCGAUUAACCUAUCUAAUAUUACAAAAGAACCCUCAACGCGUAACCGUAAGCAAUCUAUUAAUUUGAAUAAAAACAGUUUGAGUUCACCUCAAAAUAUCGAUAACAAUCUACCUCACGAUAACCAACAAUAUGUUAGUCCGUCCGUAAGUAAUAUUGAUUUUACGGCAGACGUGCCCCAGCCUAAUUCUCAAACUAAACAGAAAGUAGAUCUUACGGCAGACGAUCGUAUGGCAGACGAGUCCCAGCCUAAUCCCCUAAUUAAACAGAAAGUAGAUCUUACGGCAGACGAGCCUCUGCCAAACCCCUUAAUCGCCCAGAAUAAAGAAAUUAACUUACCCAAGAACGGGAAUUCAAACUCGAAAACAAAAUUUAACCGCGUCAGUAACGAAGAUAAAAAUAACAAGUACGUCAACUCUCCCAAAAGCUCUAUCCCUUGCCCCUUUCUAUCCCGCCGAGGAUGGUGCGCUAAAGGGAACCGUUGUGAUUUUCAGCAUAAAGAGCCUGGUCGUGACAAACACAAAAUAUCCUGUCCUUUUCUACGAAGGAAUGGUUUUUGUUUGA